CUCUCCUGGGGCAGGGCCUGACCUGUGCUGUCUCUGCAGAUGGAGAUGGACGAAGGCAAAGGGGGGACAGGCCUCCGCCAGUACUAUCUGUCCAAGAUAGAGGAGCUGCAGCUCAUUGUGAACGAGAAGAGCCAGAACCUCCGGCGCUUGCAAGCGCAAAGGAACGAGCUGAACGCCAAAGUGCGCCUGCUGCGGGAGGAGCUGCAGCUGCUGCAGGAGCAGGGCUCCUACGUGGGCGAGGUGGUGAGGGCCAUGGACAAGAAGAAGGUGCUUGUCAAGGUUCACCCGGAAGGGAAGUUUGUGGUGGAUGUUGAUAAAAACAUUGACAUCAAUGACGUGACCCCCAACUGCCGCGUGGCGCUGAGGAACGACAGCUACACCCUGCACAAAAUCCUGCCCAACAAAGUGGACCCGCUGGUGUCCCUGAUGAUGGUCGAGAAGGUCCCGGACUCCACCUACGAGAUGAUUGGCGGCCUGGACAAGCAGAUCAAGGAGAUCAAGGAAGUGAUCGAGCUGCCCGUCAAGCACCCGGAGCUCUUUGAGGCCCUGGGGAUAGCCCAGCCCAAGGGCGUGCUGCUGUACGGACCUCCCGGCACCGGGAAAACCCUGCUGGCCCGAGCUGUGGCCCAUCACACCGACUGCACCUUCAUCCGCGUCUCGGGCUCGGAGCUUGUGCAGAAGUUUAUUGGCGAGGGGUUUCAGCCCCCCCAUGCCUAUGCUGGCCCUCUGCAAAGCCCCCACACCGCUGUGGCUCUGGGCUGCAGACGGUUUGACAGCGGCUCCGGGGGGGACAGCGAGGUGCAGCGCACCAUGCUGGAGCUCCUCAACCAGCUCGAUGGCUUCGAGGCCACCAAGAACAUCAAGGUGAUCAUGGCCACUAACCGGAUCGACAUUCUGGACUCAGCACUGCUGCGCCCAGGCCGCAUCGACAGGAAAAUCGAGUUCCCACCUCCCAACGAAGAGGCUCGCCUGGACAUUCUGAAGAUCCACUCUCGGAAAAUGAACCUGACACGGGGGAUAAACCUGCGUAAAAUAGCGGAGCUGAUGCCAGGAGCUUCUGGGGCUGAGGUGAAGGGCGUGUGCACGGAAGCUGGCAUGUACGCCCUGAGAGAGAGGAGGGUGCACGUCACACAGGAAGACUUUGAGAUGGCUGUAGCCAAGGUGAUGCAGAAGGACAGUGAGAAGAAUAUGUCGAUCAAGAAGCUCUGGAAGUAAGCGGGGGCCUGAGCCUUUGUGCUGGGCUCUGGCUCCCUCCCCUUUCCUUGAAUAAAGCUCCCUGCUGCCUAA